AUGUCCAAGGUGUCUACAAUAAAGCCGCAGUCAUCGCUGGGUAGGUUUUAUUUGGCUCUGGUUCCAUCGCCUCCCCGGUCACCACCGCCGUCUGCUAUGCCAUCCUACAACAAUGAAGAAACAGAUGCUCUCGAGCACGAACGUUUGGUCAAGUCUCUCCUUAAACAAUUUAAACGCCUAGAAUUUGCUCUCGGCAAGUUCACUCUGAAACUGAACGGCAUCAUGAAGACAAAUAUGCUCCGCACGGUGGUGCUUCCCUUUUUGCGCCUGCUGCCGCCAUUAGAGGCCAUUUUCGAUGGUAGUCCCUCCAUAUAUUCCAGCUUCGUGAGUGUAUCCAUCACCAUCUUGGGCCGCUGGUGGCGGCUGCUUCUCUCGGCCCUCUCGGCUCCGAAUCCAGCUCAGCAGGUCUCUGCCACCGAUCGUAACGCCUACUUAGAAUGUAUCUCACGCAUCUUGUGUCGCCGUGAGUGGUUUCUGGCUGGCCCAGAAGCCAUGCUCACGUAUACGAGUUGUUUGUGUGAGACUCUUGAAUACGCGGUAAACAAAAUCUCCACCUUGAAGGUGAUACCUGUAUCCAUGAGUGCAUUCGUCGGCAAGAUCUUUGCCUAUGCAUUUUUCUUCAUCCCUGGCUUUGCAAAUGCGCUUCUUUUCUUGCUCAAUGUCAAGCAGGCCUCCAUAGAGUCGUAUCUCAACAAGAUGCCUCCUCUCUCCGAGGGAGCCAUCAAAUCUGCUCGAUUUGCAUUCCCCUCUCAUUUGAGUGGGUUGGUUGACUAUAGAGGCUUUCCUGGCCUCGAUUCCUAUAAGAAAAAGGUCUUCAACUGUCUUCCGCCGCCCAAGCAUCCAGUCCGAGGCAUCUGUGACCCCAAUGGUCCGUGGGUCCGAUGUUGGAGCUCCUGCGAUAGCGAUAUGCUCAAUUCUUUUUUCCGUCAUUAUGUCAAUGUUUCGGCCACUUUUGUUGAAAACGAUCUUGGCAUCCCUUUGGAAGCUUUCCCUGGUAUUCAUGUCAUCAUGGCAAGUUUCUAUCAAAUCUUUAGCAUCUGUGUCAGCAGAAUUCUGCUUGACACGGCCUCAAGUGGCUCUAUCAAAAAACUAUCUGCUACAAAGUCUGCUCCCAAUACUUCUAACACCGGCACCUUCUCUGGCACGACUGUUCUCAAACCAAUGGACAUCAAUUAUGCGCCUUUGAUCAAGUUAUUCAAGACUGUGCGUGACAUCGGCUACUCAGAAGUGAUUUUUUCUCCGGAGAUUGUUCGGUGCUUUGACAAUAUUUUGAGGAACUUAGCUGUCUCAACUAGCGUUUAUGAUUUUGGUCGUAGCGCUACGAUUUUGAAUUUGAUUUGCGAGUACUCAAACUAUGUCUCCGAUGCCUCGGACAUUGACUGGGAGUUCUGGCUUGGAUGCACUUAUUUAACUUUGAGCCAUACGGAUCUUAUUCAGAGUAUGAUCAUGGGAUUUGCAUUUCUCUUUAACGUCUGGAGAAUAAUUCCUAGUCAACUCCCAAACAGCCGUGGAUAUGAAUCAGAGAGCAAUUCUACCGAGUGGCUUACUAACUUCAGUGAGAGUUACAAGGAGAAUUUCGCACGUUGGCUCUCUUCAAAUGACACCUGGCUGUUUUACUUCACCCAUUGGAAUCCAUUGGUUCGCUCAUACUACAUGCGUUUAAUAUCUUGGAGAAUUGUUGGAUUCAAUAACUUUGAUAGCUCGUUGUCUAUCCUGACAACACGAAGAAUAAAAGCCAAGGUAGAUGCGAUUCACGCAUUCGUCAACACCACGGUAAAGUCUAGCAAUCUGCCAGAAGGGUUCCAGCAUCUUGAUUUCUCUGCUGACCUGCCAAUGGUGAAUCGGAAGAUGGGGAUAGUUCCUGUAAAUCCAUUCAAGUCCUCUUCCGAUAACAUACCCUCAUUGGCAUCUGUCACAAACACAAACAAGUUUAGUGACUUGCGAAAAUCCCACCCGUAUGAGAUAUUAGACGAAGCAGUUUACACUUGUAAUCUGUUGUCAAAUCCAAGUAUAAGCGAUUCAAAAGGCGGAAGAAGUCACAAGUCAUCAGGAAACCAUUCGAUCAUUAGUUCCUUCGGGAAAUUCUUCAAGCUUUUAUCUGCCGACGACUCUGAUGAUAGCAUCUUAUCAAUAGCGCCUCCCAGCAUCGGUGGCGGCCCACAAAACUCCAUUGCCAGUGGACGUAAAUCAAAGUCGUUUAAUUCGUUUCUUUCUGGCUCGUUCAGAAUGAACAGUUCCUCGUGCUCCACUGCGAAGUCAUCUCAACAAUCCUGGAACGACAGUGCUGACUCGCCAGCGACCUCAGACUCAGAGACCUCGAGCACUAUAUCGAGCUAUUUGGGCAGCUCAUCCGCUUCCACACUUUCUUCGCAAACAAGUAUGAACAAGCAUCCUCCAGAGUUAGUAAAGCAUACUCCAGACAUUAUUCGUCCUGACAACAAAUUCGAAAUAGUUCUUGACAAGGAGUUGAUGCAGCGUAAAAUGGACCAGAUGCUGACAGCUAACUACAGGCCCGGAUCAAAGUUCUUCGGAAGUAGAAUCUGUCAAGGUGCUUCGUUGAGAACAAUGCCGGUAGAGGCCAGGAUUCCGAGUAUCUCGAUUGUCCCUUCCUCAAAUAGAUUCCACAAGUUUCAAAUAACGAAGGAAGCAUAUGAUUGCACAGAAUCAACCUCGUAUGAUGACGAAGACUUGCUGUCAGGGUACGAUUUGUCCAUCGAAGCAACGAGCUCUGAAAGUUUGUUGGCAAUGGGCCGCUCGCUUAACGAAUGGAACAGAGUAGUGGACGAGUUCGACACUUUUUUGGUACGCUCUGUUGAAUUGGAGCAAGCCUCAAAUCUCGCUCAAAGUACAGAAAUUUCAGGCAUGCUAGACGACUACAACGAAGAGGACUAUUUUAAAAGAUUAGUUCCGUUCAUGCCUAUUGACAACUUCAUCGAGCUGAAGCUCUUGAAUGCGAUGUAA